AUGGUCACCUGCACAUUCACUCUCGACGCCAGCGAUCCCGCUCUCCUCGCCAGUAUCGGACGCGCCUAUGACGGAUACUUGCCGAGGUCGACCGUUUCUUCCGUGCUGUUCGGUAUCUGCACGACGCUGGCCUUCAUGACGUUUUGGGUGCUCUUUCGUCGCGGCCUGGGUCUCCGCUCAACCCGGCUUCUUUUCGCCGCCGCUGCCGUUCUCUACGCGUCGACAACGGUCUUCUUCGUCUGCGCCACGCUGAGGAUGCGCGCGGCCAUGCGCCUAGCGACGGUCGACUCUGCGUUGCAGCAAUGCACCAUCGACGUGGGGUCUGUCGCAUACCCGACCCAGCUUGCGCGCGAGGAGAGGGACUUCGACGCGCCGAUGACGGCCAUGCUCGUCAUCAACUCUGUCAUCAACGACGGCAUCGUCCUCUGGCGCGCGUUCACGAUCUGGUCGUUCGACAGACGUUUGUACGCCGCGGGCAGUACGUUGCUGGCCGUGUCCUUCGUCGCGGGGGUCGUCUCGACCGUGGACACCGCGCGCCGGACGGCCUUUCCCGGGUCGGACGCGCCGGACGCACCUAUCCUUCUCGGGGACGUGGCAGGCAUAGUCUUCUUCCUCGCCUCGCGCGCCGUGAACUUGCUCGCGAUGGCGGCGGUGUGCAGAAAGGCAUGGCGUCACUGGAAGACCGUGCGGAGCUGCCUGACGGAUAUGUACACGGGCUCUCGGGCGCUCCGAUCGCUGACGCUGCUCGUGGAGUCCGGGAUCGCCUACUGUUUCCUCUGGGUUCUCAUCGUCGUCUACUACGGCAUCUCCUUGACGGUCGGCGCUGAUUCCUCCGUGAAGACCGCCACGUACGCCCACGGCGUCAGCUGGAUCGUCGACAACUGCCUGGUGUACUUGAUCGCGAUCUACCCGUUCGGGCUGAUCACGGUCUUCGCGCUGAAGGGCUCCGUCCUGGAGCACGUCACCGCGCUCACCACGAACGCCUUCAAGAGCGACGCGCCCGGGACAGGGACGGAGUCGGCGGAAACGGGCUCUGUCGCCUUUCCGUCGCCGAAAGCGGAGAAGAUCGUGCUCUCGUACGCGGACGGCAGCCAGCGGACGGCCAGGGAGUACGGCGCUCUGUGA